AGUCCUCCCCCCUCCCUCGCUGAGUUAGAAGGCUGCCGGGUGGUUUCAGGGACUUCCAGUGUAGAGCGGGACACCAGAGUCGAGAGCUGAGUCGCGUACCGCCUCAACCUCACCUCACCUGGGACCAUGGACCCGUGGACCGCCGCCGCCUCCUCGCUGCUUCUUGCCGGCUUCUUCUUCCUGACCUCCGCCGCGCUCACUCACUUCGACUCGGAGUGUUACACGGCCAACGGGGAGGACUACAGGGGCUUCCAGAAGCAGACCAGUUUGCACUCAGGGAAGCCUUGUCUCUUCUGGAAUGAGACCUUCCAGCACCCCUACAACACACUCAAGUACCCCAAUGGAGAGGGCGGCUUGGGGAGCCACAACUACUGCAGGAACCCCGACGGGGAUGUCCAGCCGUGGUGCUAUAUUGCAGACCAUGAAGACGGAAUCUACUGGCGGUACUGUGACAUCCCAACAUGUCAGAUGCCAGGGAACAUGGGGUGCUUCCGAGACAGCGGGGACCCCCCCACCUUGUCCGGCCCCACCGAGACCUCCAACAAGCUAACUAUCCAGACCUGCAUCAGCUUCUGCAGAAAGCAGAGAUACAAGCUGGCUGGCAUGGAGUCGGGGUAUGCGUGUUUUUGCGGUAACGAAGUGGACCUUGAUUACCACGGCGAAGCCCCAAGCAUGGAUUGCAACCACGUUUGUUUCGGCGACCACACGCAGCCGUGCGGAGGAGACGGCUGGGUCAUCGUUUUCGACACUCGGGUGGGUUCCUGUGGGGGGAAUUACUCUUCCCCAUCCGGAGUCAUCUACUCCCCGGACUUUCCAGACAAAUAUGGACCUGGUCGCGUUUGCUACUGGACGGUGCAGGUGCCUGGAUCCGCCGCCAUUCUCUUCAACUUCACCUUCUUCGACAUCACAGAUCAGACGGAUAUGGUGGAGCUGUUAAACGGUUACAGCAAUGAGGUGGUGGCACGCUUCGACUGCCGUAGCCCGCCACGCCAAUUGGUCAACAUCACCGGAGACUUUGUCAUACUCUACUUCUACUCGGACCGUACCAACCAGGCGCAAGGGUUUGCGGUGAUCUACCAAGCACUGACAAGCUUCAAGGAUGAGGAGGCCGCACAGGAUGAGAACAAGGACUUCUCCAGCACGGUGGAACCUCAGCUGCCCCCCAGUGUCACCGAUGGUGCCAAUGUAACAGCCAAAAGACACUCAUCCUCGUCCUCACAGAUCGUCUACGUGAUCACGUCCAGCCCCGGCAAAUCGGAGCACAGCAUGCCAGGUCAGUGGGCUGGACCUGGACAGACCACCGGACACAACGCUAUGUGGACCAUCUACGCCUUGGCCGGCAUCCUCAUCCUCACCGUUGUCGCCAUGCUUGCCAAACUGUUGCUGCACAUCACAGUCAAGUCCUCGCGAAUCCCCACUGUGAGCGGCUCGGACAGCUGCAACCAGAGCAUCUCGACGCCACCGGAGCCGUGGAUCAUCUUGUACCGGCCCUCCACCAUCUCCCUCUUCAAGAAGAAGCUCAAGAGCCACCACCACCAUCACGGAGACCUCAGCCCCCUGGUGGGCAACUAGUUACUACCCUCCAACCAUCAACUUCCUCUGAACUCCUUUGGUUAGCGAGGCACUGAGCUAACUAGCGGCUAAUGCGGCAUCCCGGUGGCACCCCCUAGCUUGAGGAAGGGAGGACGAGGAGCGGUGCCCCUUCCUGUUGGCACAGCUUCUGCCCCCAAGGUGGCGCUGCUUCUUUGUAACCUGGGCCUCAUGUGCAAAAGUCUUCGGGCUAACCAGUUGCCCUCGGAGAGGACGAUUCGCUCAUGGAUUGGAGCGGACGCGCCGAGGGUUGAGCGCAAAGACUGAGCGUCACGUGGCGAAGUGCCUUGUGGCGCAUCCCCCCCCUCCCCUUCUCACAUGUCUCACACGUGACGAGGAUUUAUUUUUGUAACCCUUUGUAAAUACUUUUGACAAGGCGGUCAAUGACAAGUUUUUUUGUGUUUACUGAACAUAUUGUUCAAAUUAGCUUUGAAAUGCGGGUGAGGGAUAAUAUAGUAUCGGAUAUACCAGAAUUCCGCAUGGUUGCUCAUUCUAUUGACACCAUAGGGAUAAAAGUAUUGGGACACCCCAGAAUCACGAUGAAUGGGAAAGAAACUGAUCAUAAAAUUUUGGUUACACAUUCACAGUACCUUUAGCCAAACACAUGGCCAUUAAUAAUACUUAUUUGCGGGAUCUUAUAGGUGUGCCACAAGUGCAAACAUAGCCACAGAGGCCCUCCUCCCCCCACACGUAAACGCAACACCCCAAAUAAACAUAGUCAACAGUAAGUUUAAUGAAACACGUGACAAACAGCAGUACACCCCAGUUUGGUUUUUAAGUCACUCAAGAAGUGAAACGUUCACUUACAUUAACCUGAGCGUCCCACCACAAAUAAAAAUAUUUCCUGAAUAUAAACAAAUUUAAUUUAUAUGACGAUCAAAAGUAAAUAUUGGAAACAAUGCAAACUUAAUCAGAUCACUCACUUCCCAUAAUUCCCGGCCUACAGAGCGCACCUGGUUACAAGUCUCACCGAGUAUAUUUGUAAAGGAAAUGCCAUUUGGUACAUUCAUACGCCGCAGCUGUGCAAAAGAGUGCCCACAUUGAAAUCCGCAUUGAAACACGAGAUAUUUACAAAGAAAGACGGUACACACAAAGAGUUUAACACUAGCGCAGCGCCAACGCGAACAAGGCCGAUGAAAAUAAAACUUACUGUGAAAUAUCACUUUGACUUGCCAGUAACACAGCAGCAACAUGCUAGCACAGCGCUAAAAGUCCCGCAGCGCUAAAAGUCACUUCCUCGGCGCAUAUAUUCCACCGGUCUCAUUCUUAGCUUUUCCACUUGAGUGCCCCCUUGCGGACAUUACAAAAAAUGGACAAAUUAGCCGCAUCACUGCAUUAACUGCAGGGUUGAAAGCGUGUGAAAAAAUUUGCGGCUUGAAGGCCGGAAAUUACGGUAUAUGCCACGCCACAAAUAAACACCUUAUGUAGUUCCCCUCUAUAAAAUAUAAUCUUAGUAAAUAAGCAAAGUAUAUUUAAUAAAGCAUAAAACUGCAAACUGUACUCAACUCACAGCAACAGUGCUAGUACUUGAAUGCCUUACCUCAAAUAAACGCUGUCAACUGUGUUGAGUGAAACCUGUGGUAAUACACAGCGGUGCCAUCUUCAGGCCGUCCCCAAAGUGAAAAGUUGAAUGAAAACAGCCUUAGCACUUCCACUUAAGCCUCGUCCCAGUACUUUUGUCCAGAAAGCGUGCGUCCGUUCUUUUCAAUGUUGACAAUGCAAAUCUCAUCAAAACAAAAAAAAAAAAAAAUUGACGGUCGGAAUACAUUAAACAAGAUGCACUUGCAUUCCAAAAAAAAAAACUUUCAAAAGCUAAAAAAAAAAAAAAAAAAUAGUACUUACAACAACCUUAGCACUUGCAUACACAAAGUAGUACCAAAGUACUACCUCCCACAAAACAAUUACUUUUUGUGGUGAGGUGGGGGGGAGGUUACUAAAAACAUACACUGUAUUUAAUCUAAAAUGUAACAAGCAGCUCAAGAUAUCAGCACGGUAUUACAACCGUGCAGCAAUUGCAAGCAGACCACUCAAACUUAAAUACUUGACCUCAAAUAGGUGGCAUAGUUUUUUUCCCUCAGGAAAAAAAAAUAGCUUUUUUUUCUGGGUUGAUUAAAAAAUAUAGUUCAGUAAAACAUACAAUGAAUCUUCCACAUGGUCUUGGUGGGAUCUUAGCCAGACCCCUCAAAAUGAACUCAUUCGCUCCCGGCCCUCCCAGUUAAUAUUUUAGUUCUAAUGCAGUCAAUGGCCGCGAAUUUAAAUGCCGCAGUCACAAUAUGAGCGCCCAAACCAUAAAUAGAGAAUAUGUACAUAGCAGAAAUAGUGAGAUUUAUAAUUUAUACAGUAAAUUAUUGUUUAUUUUCUAUGUGAAUGGGAGCUAUCUUUUGUACAAAAAAAGACAAAGGGGAAAAAAGUGAAGUAGCUGUUUAGUUUUAUUUAAUGUGUCUGGUUGCAAAAAUAAAAACUGCAUGUUUCCUAAUGAUUCUUUUUUUUUUUCCGGCCCUCAUCGCUCUUUUUCUUUUCCGCGUGGGAAAAUCCAGAUCUCUUUUGCGACAAACCCUUGCAUGACGUCUUUUGUUGUGACGCUAAAAUGCUUUAUCAGAUAUGGAAAAUGGCUCCCAGCCCCGCACUCCCACCAUCCUCGUCAUCAUCAGCAUCAGCAUCAUUAUCCUGGACGGGGCCAAGCAAGAAAAUCAAAUUCUUGUUUUUCUUAAAGAUUCAUAACCUCAUUUGUCAGUGAAAACGUGAAGAGUCAGAUGAGUGCAUAUUUUUAUGAUUUUUGUUCAUCUCAUCAACAACAACAAAAAAGAAGAAGCAAAGUAAUUGCAUAAAAUGUGGAAGGGAAUAUUUUUUGUAAGUUAAAUGAGUUUUUAUUUCAUUUUUUUUCCCAAUGCACAGAAACUAGGCAGACACCAGCUUUACUGUAGUUUUCUCCAAAACUGCAACCUAUUACUUUGUAUUUGUAUUGUACUCUAGCGCCCUCUGUUGGAAGGCGUUUUUGUUGUUGUGGCCUUUCAUCCAUCAUUUUUUCAUCCAAUUUAUCCUCACUUGGGUGUGUAUCACAGGUAUCAUGAAAUCAGAAAAUUAUAAAAACACUUUCGAAUGAAAUCUCUGACCCCGGUGCGAGAAAACCUGGUUUGAGGGAAACUCCACGGCAAGGCAAAGACUCAAAACAUGCACACGCACACAGGAAUGGUUAAAAAGAGGAGGGAAAUGACUUGUUUUUAGAUGGCGAACAAUGAUGAGUCCUGAUCUCAAUCCAACUGAAAGUAUUUGGGGCGAGCUCAAAUCUGCCAGAAGGGAAAAGAACCCUGCUGAUGUUGAAGAGCUCAAACAAAUUGACAAGGAAGAGUGGAAGAAAAUACAACUUGAGAAAUGCAAAAAGCUCUUAGAAGGAUACAAGAAAGGUUUGUAGGCUGCCAAAUAUUAAGCGAGGGUGCCCAAGUUUCUGCACCUUCUUUUGUUUAUCAUUUGAAAUUAGAAUGUUCAAACAAACAGUCUCUGUGAUAUUACUUUGGACAACCAAU